AUGCUCAAGCCGUGGGAAAAGGAAGACGAGAGGGCAUCGAGUUGUGUUAUGAAGCCAAGAAUUUUGUCAUGGAAUGUGAGGGGGUUGAAUAAGAAAAACAAACGACUAAGGAUUAGUAACUUGCUCAGAGAUUGGAAGGCGGAUAUCAUUUGCUUCCAAGAAACAAAGAUUCAUGGUAUUUCGAGUAGCUUUGUGCGUAGUCUCUGGGGCUGCAAUCAUGUGGAUUGGUGUUGUCUAGACUCCUGUGGGGCAUCGGGAGGUAUUUUGAUCAUGUGGGAUAAUAGGGUGGUGGAGAAAGUUGAUGUGUGUUUGGGAGUUUUUACGCUCGCUGUUUCCUUUAGGAAUGUAGUGGAUCGUUUCUUCUGGGCUUUCGCAGGUGUUUACGGUCCGAAUUCUGAUAUGGAUAGGAGUUUGCUCUGGGAUGAGUUGGCUGGGAUUCUUAGUUGGUGGAGCUUGUCGUGGUGUAUAGGAGGCGAUUUCAAUGUUGCUCGUUUCCCUAGUGAAAGGUCUGGUGACGGUAGUAGGUCUGCUAUGAGAGAGUUCUCUGAUUUUAUCUCUGAGAUGGGUAUCAUGGAUUUUCCUCUUGCUGGGGGUGCUUUUACUUGGUCACGUACUUUUGAUCCCCCUGUGUGGUCUAGGAUUGAUCGUUUUCUAGUCUCCCCUGAUUGGGAAGCUCGGUUUCCUCUUAAAGCAGAAGGAUUUGUGGGGAAGGUGAAACAUUUGUGGGAUUCUUACUCGUUUCAAGGUACUCCUAGUUUUGCCUUAGCUUGUAAACUAAAGGUAUUGAAAAAGGAUUUGAAGAUUUGGAAUGAAGAGGUUUUUGGUGAGGUAGAGAGGAACAAGAUGAAGUUGUUUGAAGAAAUUCAGCCUUUUGAUGCUAUUGCAGAAAGUAGGGCUUUAGUUGUGGAAGAGCUUCAGAAGAAGACAGAGAUCGUCAGAGAGAUAGAGAGGUGUUCUCUUUUGGAGGAGAUAGAAAUUGGCGAUCACGUGGUUGAGUUCUAUCAAAAGCUAUUUCAUGAGCCGAGUAGGUGGAGGCCUAGGGUGGAUGGUAUUUCCUUUGAUUCUAUUUUAGAUUCUGAUGCCAGCUGGUUGGAGAGAGCGUUCGAAGAGGAGGAGGUCAAGAAGGUAGUGUCAGUUUUGAAUGGUGAUAAGGCACCGGGUCCGGAUAGCUUUUCUUUGGCCUUCUUCCAAGCGUGCUGGGAUGUCGUGAGAGUGGACAUUAUGAAGGUUUUUGAUGAAUUUCAUGCCAGAGGUCUGUUUGAGAAGAGCCUGAAUGCUUCGUUUAUUUCUCUUAUUCCGAAGGUUCCAAAGGCUAACUCCAUCAAAGAUUUCCGGCCUAUUAGUUUGUUACGUAAUUUGAGGAGUCUCUUCCUCCUGUUUGAAGCAGCUUCGGGGUUGAAGGUUAAUUUGGCUAAGUCUAAUUUAAUUCCAGUGGGGCAUGUUGAUCAAGCGGAAAGGCUAGCCGACAUUUUAGGGUGUGGGUUUGCCACUUUGCCGGUUAAGUAUCUUGGUCUUCCUUUGGGGGCCUCCUAUAAGUCCACGCAUAUUUGGGACGGGGUUGUUGAGAAGAUUGAUCGUCGUUUGGCUAGUUGGAAAAGGAUGUAUCUCUCUAAGGGUGGUAGAGUAACCUUUAUUAAGAGUACCUUAGCCAAUGUGCCUACUUACUUUUUGUCUCUGUUCCAUCUCCCGAGGAGUGUUGCCGCUCGCUUAGAGAAGCUACAACGGGAUUUUCUUUGGCGUGGUUUGGGUGAAGAAUCUAAAUUUCACUUGGGAGACCUCUGGCAGCUUCAUUUCAAAGCUGGAGUCUGCAAGUGCUUCCAUGCUGCAGCAGCAUAUAUUUCAGACACCUAG